GGAGCAUCGCCGCGGCGUCAUCUCCACGUCUGUCUGCGGGCGUCUGGGACGGAUCUGCAGGAUUCAGCCGCAGCACUUGUCUUGGAAAAAAAAAGGGGGUGGGAGAGACACCUACUAUUUGUUGCUCACCACCACCACCACCAACACCACCACCAGCACCAGCUGAAAGGAGAGUAUCUUACCAUUCCACCAACCAGCCAUCACUGUCCGUCUCUCUGCUGCUGCUGCUACUGAGCUGGAUUUUGGCGUACACUGCUGGACUUUUAACGCAGGGGAUUUAUAUUUGUAUUGAUUUCCAUCUGCAGCCCGGUCCACAGCGGACACCGCCACUUUUUUUUUUCUCUUCUCUCUGAGGGAUGUAUUACAGCGGGGUGAAGUCUGCGCUCUGAACAGGGGAGAAUAUUAACGCACUGUCUGCUGAAUGAACUGCUGCCGUGCGCCUUUUUGGGUUUUUUUUUUUUGUAGCAGGAUCUCUCAUCUGGAGAUGCUCUGAUUGGGGUUUGUGGUAUCCGUGCGCAUCCCCGGUGGAUCGGGAUAUAAAGUGAGGCGGUCAGCCCUUUCUGUCGUCUGAUUUUGAUUCUUUUCUUUUUUCUUUUUGACACAUAUUUCGUUUUAUUUUCAUUCUUUUUUCUGAGACGGAUUGUCUCACCCACCCGGAGACACGCCGGCUAACCAUGGGGGAUUCGAUGUGGAGAUAUUAUUUUGGAGUUUUGUUUAUUGCCUUCAAAGUGGACUUGUGCCGGGCGCUCAUCCUGGAGUCCAUCUACUGGAACACAACAAAUACCAAAUUCGUGCCAGGCCAAGGCGUGGUAUUGUACCCCCAGAUCGGGGAUAAGUUGGACAUUGUGUGCCCCCGCGUGGACGGCGGAGUGGGCGAUGGCGUGGAGUAUUACAAGGUGUACAUGGUGCCCAGGGAGCAGCUGGAGAGCUGCACCAUCACCAAGGCCGACACGCCUCUCCUCAACUGUGUCAAGCCUGACCAGGACGUCAAGUUCACCCUAAAGUUUCAAGAGUUCAGCCCCAAUUUAUGGGGCUUGGAGUUCUUCAGGGGGAGAGACUACUACAUCAUCUCGACUUCGAAUGGCACCAUGGAGGGCAUCGACAACCAGGAGGGCGGAGUGUGCAAAACCAAGUCCAUGAAAAUAAUCAUGAAAGUGGGACAAAAUCCUUCUGACCCUAUUUCACCCAAAGACAACCCCACCAGAGUACCCUACUCUCCCAAGCACUCAGACGGCAAGGACACCUACAACCCUAACGACGUGCUGGAGAAGCCAGAUGUAGCACCCAGAGAAAGCAACGACAACAACAAUGGCGGAAAGUCCUCCAGCAUCAUCGGCUCUGACGUGGCCAUCUUUGUCGGCAUCGCCUCCGGCAGCGUCAUUUUCAUCAUCAUCAUCAUCAUGCUAGUCCUGCUGCUGCUCAAGUACCGACGGCGGCACCGCAAGCACUCGCCGCAGCACGCCGCCACGCUAUCUCUAAGCACCCUGGCCACGCCCAAACGGAGCGGAGGCGGCGGGAACAAUAAUGGCUCGGAGCCCAGUGACAUCAUCAUCCCGCUUAGGACUGCUGACAGCGUCUUCUGCCCGCACUACGAGAAGGUCAGCGGCGAUUACGGCCACCCGGUCUACAUAGUACAGGAGAUGCCGCCUCAGAGCCCGGCCAACAUCUAUUACAAAGUCUGAGGUGGAACUUUUAGAAGCAGGAGACAAACUGGAACAAUCCCUGGGCAGAGCAGGUUUUUUGGUUUUGGCCGUCACCGCCGGCACGCCCGCAAACAACUCUCUUUCUCUCUCUCUGUCUCUCUCACUCUGUCAGCUCCUCCUCCUCCUCCUCCUCUUCUCUGAUGUUUUUGUCACUAUUUUAUUUUUCCUUUCUCAAAGUUUUGCCGCCUGAUGUUGUCACAGUUGGCUCGAAUGGGUUGAGCGGAGGGCCGGAGAGAAGCCUGCUUCUGUCACUGCUGCUGCUCUCUGGGAGAUCUGAGAACUAAAGAGAACAAACUCUUCUUUCCUUAGCGUUGCUACCUGUUUUGGGGGGAACUGAGUGUUGUGUGGAAUCAGAAAGUUAGACAGCGUGUUUUUUUUGGGGGGGGGGGGGGGGGGGGGGGCAGACAAACGGAUGUAUGGACAUGAAGGUUUCUCGGGGACGAAAGGAGGAAAAGGAAUUUUUGACCUCACCUUCAGAGACACUACUGCUUGGAAAAAGAGAGGGAAAGAGACAAAAAAAAAAGAGUGAGGAGGAGAGUUGAAGGAGAAUAUGGGCUAACCAUGAACUCACAGAAAUGGCUGCCCUCCCUUGAUGCUCACUAGCGGGAGAGAGAGACUCUGUGGAUUUACCAGCCGGACAAGGAAAAAAAGGGGGGGAGAGAGAUUUCUCACGCCGGUCCUCUCUGGGACUUCCCUGACUGACUCUCGGAGAUCACCCGUUCACCCUGCCACCCACAUGCUCGCCAUCACAUGUACACACACACAUUCACCCACACGCGCAGACACACUGUCUCACCAGUCAAUGUGAAACGUUCGGGUUUAAGUGUGGAUCGCACCAUUUCUCCUCAUUCCCAGGUCCGUUUUCAGCAAAUCACUCACUGUGGUGUGCUGAAAACUCGUAAUGUUACUUGAAGGUUUUAAGGACAAAAAAGCAGAUUCCUUUCUUCUUCUUUUUUUUUUUUUUUUUAAUUGUACUGUCAACAUUUACAUUUAUCUCGUUUUUUUGGUCAUAUCUGGUUUUUAUAUUUGGUUUUCUUUUCUUUUUGCGACAUGUCAUCUGUGACGUUCAAACACAAAUUACCCAACAGUGGCUAGGAGUGGCGAGAGCGCAAAUAGAAUGAUUUUAGGUCGUUUUGUUUUUCCAGAUUUGCGCCCUGCGCCCCCCCCCCCCCCCGAGAGGGUGCAAAAAACACGUCAGGUCUGUCCAGGUGGCUCCUGGGAAGAGUGGAGGACUUUCAUAUACAUAGAGCAGCACUUUUAACCCCAUUUGUGGUACCUCCACUCUUCACAGCAGUCCACAGAGAGACACAGUUACAGACAGAGAUGGGAGAGCAGUUAUAUCCUGUCAGAUUUAGUUGUAAGAACUUGCCUCGACUUCUCUGGAACCUGAGGCUUUUCACACAGGAAAGUGUUAGGGGCAAUAAAAAACAAAAACCCAAUUCGCCUUACUGCCAUUGUUUUGCAUCAGGUGAAGAAGAGGCCCGAGAUCUAGUUUGAGGUUAGCAUAGCUGGCUGAAACAGCUCUAGGUACUGUCAUGUUUACCCCUAGGGGUCCAUUGAUGAUUAAGGUUGCCCAAAAUCAGUGUGACCGGUGCUCUCCUAUUCUCGAUCAAAAAAAAGAAAAAAAAAAAAAAAAGCACAGGGACAUCUACUCACGUUUCACUGUUUCUCAGUCUCCAUUAGCAUUUCCAUAUCAUGUUUUUGAUUUACUUUUUUUGUUACAAAAUAGGUGUACAUUUAAAAAAAGGACAUUACAAAGACGAAAAAUUUAAAAAAAAAUAAAAUAAAAAGCAGAAUUUAUUUAUGAUAGACACAUAGAGCACAGGUGUUGUCAGGCGGUAUGGAGAGGAAGAAGAAGUAAUGUUAAUAUAUUAUGGUAUACGUGCACAUUAUGCAAUCUAGGUUUUUGAUUAUUUCAUAUCUCUCGACCCACUGAGGAGCGUGUUUUGAUGAGCUCUCGUCCGCGGACACAGGGCUUGGACCUUUGGAAGGAGGACCAGGGGAGGGUGGCCUGGGCCCGGCGCCCUGGCCCAGAGGGGAGUAGAGUUAUCUGACCCAAAAUAGCUCACAUUGGUGUACACAAGGGCAGAGUAGCUGUGUCUCCCACACUCACUCCGUGUAGCAUCUCCCAAAUGAUAUUUCCCAUGAACACCCAGUGUCCCCCAAAUUCUUCUCAUACACACCUUUCAUUUUCUCUGUGCAUGUUUGUGUGUGUGUGUGUGUGUGUGUGUGUGCACGUGUUGAGCAAGUCUGUUAUAUUUCAGUGACUUCACAUUCAUUAAUAUCUUUGGCUUAGGAUCAUAGUCGUGACUUAGGCCGGUCACGUGCAUAAAUCAGGCCAUCAUUCACGUCAUUUGUUCAUAAAGAACAUCAAAUUUUCACCGAAAAGCCAAGCCUUGUAUGAUCUGAGGUUUGUGCCUCUAAGAGGCUACAAAAUCUGCAAAUAUGCAAUUCUUAUUUAUUUUUUUAAUCAAUUAUGAGAAGAAAAAAAAAAAAACACCUAUGGAAAGUGUUCUUAACCACUGAAAGAUGUAACAACAAAACAAAUGACACAAAACUAGCAAAGUACUUCACACAAGCCUGCUGUUAGUUUUUUUUUUUUUUUUGUUCCUGCAUUAUUUGUAGUAUUAUUUGAACUUUUUCUGUUUAACCAUGUGCCGUAGUACAAAGGUAAACUGUGAAAACUGAAACCAUUAAAAAGCAUAUAUACUUAUAUCACACCUGAACAGGUAUUUAAGAAAAGGUGAAAAGAGACACACUUAUACAACAAAGAAAUGGCUGUUUAGUUGCUGUCUUGUCUGCGGCAGAAUAUGACAAUCUUAUUAGUUUCUUCGAAUCUGACGUCCUUUUCUUAGCAGCCGCUUGACUAACGCUCUCCCGACAUUGGCCAGGAUUGGUUCAACCUGUUAUGAAACGUCAUAGCGAUUCUGUGAGAGUCUUAGCACACGGGCUAGGAGAAGCACCUCAGGCUACUGUAAAUGCCUUGCUCGUAUGGUCAGCCCUUGGUCACUUGACUCAGUAAUUUUGCACCGUACUUCUGUAGGUAAGAAACUGUAAAUACAUUAAUGUUUGUAUUGUAUAUGGAUCCUGGGUUGUUACAAUAGCCUUAUUCACCUUUUUAGGAAAGUAAAUGGGAAAAAAAAAUGACAGAAAAAAAAAAACAGAAUACACUUCAGUAAAACAGAGCAUACUACUUUUUUGGUAAAUAGCUUAUGUAAAUAUUGAC